AUCUUCAAAACCAUUAUGGCAAUGUCUUCAAUGUCACUUCACUACAAACUCCAAGGAAGAUUGGUUUCUACAUAAACAGACACAUAAUGAUGAAGCCCAUUCCUCAUCAAUGGAACAGGAAGAAACAGAUCCAGAAGUGUUGAGAACAGCCGAAAUUCUCGUCGAAAUUAGAGAAAAAAGAUUGGAGACGAUAAAAGAUGAAAAGAAAUGUUCUGAUCCUGAUACACGGUCAAGUUCACAAUAACUUGCAAAUAUAUAAUAUUGGCUGUUAUCUAAUCCUUUGUUUUUAAUUAAAAUUGCAAGAAGAUAUUUUCAAACUGGAAUACUUUCAUGCGAAAUUCUUACGAUUGGCUUCUAAAUUAGAUAUCAGAUAAUAUGGAAAAGUAUCAAUACAAGCUUUGCCAAAAGUUUUCUGAAUCUUCAUCUCCACCAGCUGUCACGAGAGGAGUGAUAAAAAAGACAAAAGCAUUACAGUGCGACUAUUGCUUAGAAAAAUUUAAACAGCGAAAUAAUUUAUUUUAUAAGAAGCAACUAUUUAAUUCAACACAAGGAAAACAAUCUUCGUCUCAGCAAAUUGGAAAAGAAGGCGUGAGAAUGACUUUCGAAAUCUCUGAACAGUGUCAUGAGCACCUUUCUUCCGACAUGUCGGCUUCAAGAGCAAUGCAAGGAAAGCAUCUUAACAGAAACGAAAAAGUCAUAACUUCGCAAUCUUCUGAACCAAUUUGGCAAUGUCGCUUCACUACAAACUCCAAGGAAGAUUGUUUCCUGCAUAAACAGACACCUUUCACAUCAAAUGGAACUGCAAGAAACAGAUCCAGAAGUGUUCAGAACAGCCGAAAUUCUCGUCAACAUGAAAAACAAAAAAUUGCAAAGAAAUCUCCUGAUCCCCAUCCUCUGCCAAUUUCACAGUAACCUGCG